UUGUUUUCUCACGAUACCGACACGACGCUUGGAGAACUGUGUGUUAUUUUUUUUUGCAAAAGAAAAGUUGUAUUUUUAUAGUUUUAUAUUGUACGCCCCGCUAAGUGCGUGUGAUUAAAACAAAGUUCAGACAAUGGGUCGCAAAAAGAAGAAGGCAUCGAAACCCUGGUGCUGGUACUGCAAUCGAGAGUUCGAUGAUGAGAAAAUUCUGGUGCAACAUCAGAAGGCGAAACACUUCAAAUGUCAUAUAUGCCACAAGAAACUGUACACGGGACCCGGACUCUCUAUUCAUUGCAUGCAGGUGCACAAAGAGACGGUGGACAAGGUGCCAAAUUCGCUGCCCAACCGCUCCAACAUUGAGAUCGAAAUCUUUGGCAUGGAUGGCAUUCCAGCGGAGGACUUGCGAGAUCAUGAGCGGCAAAAGAAUGGCGGCAAGUCCGAUUCAGAUGACGAUGAGCCAGCGGCGAAGAAGAAAGUGGAAUAUCCCAUGUCAGUGCCGCCGCCCAUGAUGAUGCCUCCCAACAUGAUGCCACCACACAUGCUGGGUCAGUAUGGCAUGGGCAUGAUGCAGCAUAUGCCGCCCUUACCUCCAUACCCAAUGCCAAUGAUGCCUCACAUGAUGCCACCGCGUCCCAUAUUCCCAGCCAUGGCUACCACAUCAGCGGCCGCAGCUGCCGCCGCGGUGCAUCAACAUCAGCAACAACAGCAGCAUGCCGCAGCCAUGGCUCAUCAGAAACCCACGUUUCCGGCUUAUAGCAACGCCACCAUAAGUGCUCCACCCACAACCAAUAAUGCUGGUGUUGGCGGCGGUGCAACGUCAAAUGCGACGCCGCUGUCUGCACCAGAUCCUCAUCAACAGGGACGGCUAUCAAGUACGACGAAUGCGAGCGGGAAUUCGGCAGGAGGCAGCGGCGUAGUGGCCGCCGUUAGCACAAAGAUUAUGCAUCCGGCCGAGGACGCAAGUUUAGAGGAAUUGCGUGCCCGUCAACCCAAGUACCAAGCGCGUCUAGCGAUCGCAUUGGCAACCAUCGCUGCAGGGCCCAAAACGAACAGUCCGCGGAGUAAUAAUGGUGGUGGAAAUAAUAAUGCUGGUGGUGGUGGAUCAGGCGGAGGAGGCAGUGCUGCCUCAUCGAUGCCAUCAACACCGCCUCCGCCGUCGUUGUCGGGCAUCUCGCCAACAGGCAGCGCUGCGGCCGCCGCUGCGAACGCAAUCGCUGUGAGCACAGCGAUCUCCAAGGCACAGGAAACCGCCGCUCUGGUGGCCGUGGCGCAGGCGCACGCACAGGCUGCACAGGUGGCUCAAGUCCAAGCCGCGCAUGCUCAACACAUGCAGGCUCAAGUUCAGGCAGCUCAGGUGGCGCAAGUUGUUGCAGCCCAGCAGCAGCAGCAGGCACAAGUGCAGGCGGCACAGCAGCAGCAACAACAACAGCACCAGCAGCAACAACAGCAACAGCAUGUGCAGCAGCAACAACAGCAGCAAGUGCAGCAGCAACAAGCCAAGCAACUGGAGGAGCUGAAUCGUGCCGUGAUGCUGCAACGCCUUCAGGCGGUGCGUCAGCCAGGCAAUCCUGGUGCAGCUGCAGCGGCGGCUGCUGCCGCUGCCGCUGGCCUGGGCAUGAUGCCACUGCCCACGCCCAUGCAGCUGAUGCAACCCAUGCAACCGAUGCAGCUGCGAACUGGCGCCGUUGCCAUUGGACCACAUGGCGCCCUCAUCGGCAGCAAUAUGUUGCGUCCUGGCCCAUUGCCCGGCAUGCCAGCAGGCUUGCUGCCCAUGCAGGCGAUUGGACUGCCGGGAUUGCAUGCCGGAGCGAUGCCAAUGCCGGGGAUGGGUGUGAUGCUGCCUGGUCAUCCGAAUAUGCUGCAGAUGAUGCAGCCGCGCUUCAGAUGAUGCCUGCCUGCCGCGCCGGGACUAUUGCAGGCGCCCCCGCAGCAGACGCAUCCACAGCCGCAACCACGAGCCACGUUUCAGCGGGCCACAUUGACGGCACUGCCUCAUCCGCAUCCGCAUCCUCAGACGCAGCCUUCGC